AUGACAGAAGAACUAAGAAAAGAUAACAUACAUAAAGCUACAUCGGUGCAAUCUCCACGACCGUCGUCCCCAAGGAAAUUUUUCGCGCGUAUCUAUGGACAUUUAGAAGCUCCUCAACAAACACCAGUUCAAGUAGUAGAACAAAACAAGCAGGAGUCUGACAGUGAGUCUUGUUCUGAUGUAGAGAUAGGUGAGAACGAAAACCUGAAAACAAGGGUGCAUCAACUAUGGACGCCACCACCGCCUUUACCCUUAUGCCCGCGACCAAUGUUAUUGCCACAUCAGCAGAUAGCAUUCGGUGCUGGAUUAGCUGCAUUCUGUAAGUAG